AACCUGGUGUUCCAGAUAAUGUUAAAUUGUCGAGUGCAUCUUCCUCUCAACUUAACUUGACCUGGCAGAAACCUGGGGACCCUAGUGGGAUCAUUAGAGGAUAUGUUGUGACAUGGAUAAAAGUUUCAAACGACAGAAAUGAAAAGUUUAAUGGUACUUUGAAACGACGAAUAAGUGGCGGAAAGGAUACUUGGUUUGUUAUAGAUAAUCUUGGUGAGUGUGUUAUUUAUCUCUUAGGGACUGCUCAUUAUUUAUUGUACAGGGGGAGACUGAGGAGAAACUCUACCGUUAUAAUAUUUUUUCGUUGCCCCUCUUAAGACAAGUAAAUCCCCCCCCCCCCCAAACAGGCAAAACAAGAACAUAAAUUUUGGUCCCCCCCUCUAGCUCUUUAUCUUUAUUUGGAGAAACAGAAACUCUAGCUCUUUAUUUAGAGAAACAAAAAUAGAUAAUGGGGACCAAUAGACAAUUCCCAUAAUAGACUAAUUUUUAUCUUAGCAAAAAAAGUAUAUUCCCGGGAAAGGCAUACUAAAAUUAGUAAAAUUGCAAAGUUUGAUCGCGGAAUGUUGUAAAAUAUGUAGAAAAUAUAGCCUUCCGAAGUUUGCAAAUUUUGUAUGCUUUUGUGUUGCAAUUUUCGCAUGCAACACAAAAGUAUACAAAAUUUGCAAACUUUGCAAGGCUAUCUAUAAUGGGGAUUGUCUAUUUACAUGAACAUAAGGGACUUUUUAUUUGGCUUCCAUUUAUGAAUAUUGAAGGUCUACAAACAUUGUUAUUUGUUAAGUUGUUUUGUGAUACAUUUUUAAAACUACUAAUGUUUUUUCAAACUAGUAAAUAUUUUCGAAGCCCCCCUUCUUUCGUCUCUCUGUAUUUUUUCGAAGCUCCCCCCCCCUCCCUUUAAGGUUUUAAAAGAUUUAAAGCCCCCAGUUUCUCCGCAAUCCCCCCCCCCUGUACAAUAAAUAAUGAGCGGUCCCUUACGUGGCACUUAUUGGAAUAAAUUCUUAAAGACUUGAAUUAAUUAUUUCAAUGGUAUCUGCUUGUCUUAUAGUGACAAACCAACUAACUUUGUAAGGGUUUUUGUCAGUGGUGAAACUAACCAUAGCAACUGGUCAUGCCAUGCAAAUUUUAGAUUAUUUAAAUUUUUCAAACUUGUAGAAAUGUAUUGUCUUUAGAUUAUCUAAGGGUACGUUUAAUAGCAUAGCAUGACCAGCUUCCAUUGCUACAAUCAUUAACAAAACAUAUUCGGGCAACUUGCAAAACAUUGUCAAAAAUUCAAUGAUUCCAAUUUAAGAUUCAUAAAUAACCAAAUAUACCCCCCCCCCCCCCUUAAGCAAUGUUGCUCGGUAUGACAUCAUGUUUUCAAUGAGAACGUUUUCCUCUAUUUAUGAUGCAAUACUCUAACACAACAUUGUUAAGGGGGCGGCGGGGGGGGGGGAGAGAGGGCCAGAUUAUUACUGCCCUAAGGGUUUUGUCAACGAUUGUAGCUUUCCCACUGGUUUUUGUAGAUGAAAAUUAUGAGCGGAAGAUUAUAUACAAUUUUUAGACCUAACCAGGAAGAACUGCGAAAAAUGCAACUAUGGGCUUUCUCCAGGCAGGAGCCGACCCCGUAGCCUGCAUGGCAGGCGGUCCCUAAAAUCGGACGGGAAUUGAUGAUUGGCUGCGAGUCUGAGCCGCUGUCACUCAAAAGUGAAUACACUUUAAUAUGUAAACAUACGUUUAACACUUUAAUGAUGCAUGCGUUCGCUUUAAUAGCUGUUGUACGUAAAACUGAGCGCUUCUCGAAAGUCGAAACGCGAACUGAUUGUCAAACGCGAGCAAGAGAUAGCAGUUAAAGAUUUACUCCUUGGAAAGAAUGUUUUGGCCGUUCUAUGGGAAAAGCUUGAUUUUUACAUUGUUCUUGUUGGCACGAGAAAAUAUAACGAGAAUAGAUACAGACGGCCGUAUAGUCUUUCUUGCAACGGGUUUUAUAACAGGACUAUUACGCCUAGGCCUAUUAGCCGCUUCACUUUCUGAACUUUUUAAGGCUUUCGUUACCACACGGCUUCGUUAGGGAGACGAGACAGUUCAUAUUGGCAACUGAGGUUUUUAAUAUACACAGGCAACGCGUUUAUAUCUCGUUUGAUUAUGGCAAUCAGUUCGCUUGCAUUUCGGAUAUUUCGCUCACACGGUUUACAAACUUGGUCGGAUAGUUCCGAGGUAGAAUUAACUUCGAUUCCUAAAUGAACUGAACCGGCAAUUCGGCUUAUUUCGGCCAAGGUUUUGCCACUGUCGUAACGUUUCUUUUGCUUGCCUUAAAUAAAUAAUUUCUCCGACGAUAUAUAAGAAUAUAAGAUAUUUUCUCUAUUGCCCCGUAUUUUAGUUUCAAAGCACACUUAACUAUACACAAACGACAGGUCAUUAUAUCUUCCAUUCUCGUUCUAGAUCCAUAUUCUGUAUACAAUGUUAGUCUGAAUGCUUUCACUAGUGCUGGUAAUGGACCAGUUGUAAAUAGGAGUGAUAGAACUAAUGAAUCAAGUAAGUUGUAACAUAUGAAAACAUAUUUUUCUAGUCACUUUAACUUUGCUUUAACCCGGGCAAGCAAACACCGCGGAAAAACGUCUGCGCAUGCGUCAACAUUACUGAAAUCUGUAUUGCGAACCUGAUGUCAAGUGUUCCGAAGGUUGUCAAAAACUCAAAAUGGAAGCGAUAAGGAGCGGCUUCGAUGUUUUGCCUUUUCUAUGAAAAUUCAAGGGGAAUAAUGAACGUGACAACCUAAAAACUAGAAAUAAUUAUAGUCUACAUGUGCAAGAAGUAGUAUUACGCAAGAAAAUAAACCAAAGGUGACUGUCGAUAAAUUUAUUGUAUAAAACGUUCUUUAACUGAACCAUAUAUACAAAGAUAUUUUUCCUUGGGUUCAUAUGAUCCACAUUUUUGUCAAUAACUUUUUUUGCGUAGCGUGUAUAAUUUUUGCGUUGACUAUAUUUAAGGGUAAUGAUUUACUCCACAAUUAAAUCGUGUGCAAAUGCUCAACUUUUCGAUAGUUUUCUUAACUUUUGUGCUUAAGUUCGGUAUUCGACAAUUUUUCAAGAUAUGUUCACACGCCUCCCGAGGCCGGUUGUUCAAAGGAGGGUUAACGCUAACCCUGGGUUAAAAUUUAACCUGCUGUUUUAGUUUGUAUAUUUCUGCACGUCUGCUUAUUUCAAAACUUCAGAGAAGUAAACUCCUAUCGAUCCAGACAAGAUCUCUGAAGAAAUAUUUCCAAAUUUAUAGACAAGCUGUCGGGAAGUUUUCUUUAAAUUUUAGGUUAACCCUGGGUUAAGCUAGCCUAGCUUUGAACAACCGGUCCCCGGUCUUAAACGGUAAUUUUUUAUUUAAAUUCUGUUUCUUUUUAGAUUUUAAAUGUUAGAAAAAAUUUUAUUAAUGCCUAAACUACUGUACCCGUGCAGUGUAUUUUGUGUUUGUUUCAAUUACCUUUAAUAAUUAAAUAGCUAUGUUUUUGUUUGCAAUUUGUCAUUUAAAAUCCUCGCCAUCUUUUUUGUGCCCACGCAUCAGACGUUUUUCCGCGGUGUUGGGCAAGCAUCAUUGCAAUCGUAAACUUUCAUUCUUUCCCAAUCUUAGCUGAUAACCCUAUCCACAAUGCUGACACUAGUAAUUACAUAAAUUUACAUGAUGUGUUAACAUAAUGUAAAUUUAUGUAAUUACUAGUGUCAGCAUUGUGGAUCUUUGCCGGAAUCUUAAUGGUAAAUAUGAGGCAGUAGUUUAACCGUUAAAACCGAGCAUUUUCCCUUGACGAACAUUAGUGAAAUAACUAAGUAGACGGCAUUAGGGCACAUCACGACGUGAUGGGUGACCAAAUUUGAUUUCUAAUAUCAAGCUGGAGGUUGGUCGAUUUACAUCGUUUUGUGUUUAUGUGAUGUAUUUGGGAUACAUUGAAAAAACCCACCAAUGGAGUAAGAGUGACUUCAAUGGAACCUGGGAAUAGGAAGUGUUAAAACUAAACUGAUUCUAAUUAUUUUCCGUCUAGCACCUGGAAUACCACGUGGACUCGUUGCGACCAAUAUUUCUUCCACUGUGCUCAAUGUGACCUGGAGUGAACCAUCGCGGAGAAAUGGAAUUCUCACAGAAUAUACAGUCUAUUAUAAGUUGGUACAAUAUGACAAUAACACAUUAGUGAGCAACCCAGUCUGGAAGUUCGAACAAACUGACCUAAGGACUGUAAAACUAUCUGGUCUUGGUAAGUUAAAGGACUUGCUGAAAGGCGUGAAAGCUGAAGUACUGUAGCUUUUGUAUCGGUUUACAAAUUGAUCAUCUUAAGUAUGUGACCCCCAUCCCCCUCCAAAAACAAAUAUUGUUCCAUAGACCUUAUGUACAUAUAUUAAGCUGGAAUAGUCAUGAAUUGGGCCAUCCCAAGAACAAAUUACGAUGAGUAUGAGAAACCAGACACAGUACUAAAAUGCGGUGCCCGCCUACAAAUAAAACUUUCGGCGUUUCCGCCUACAUGCACAAGUAAAGUUAUAUUUAGCACGCUACAUUCUCCUGUCGGCCGCCAGUUGGUCCGUACUUUCAAAACUGCGUUUUAAAGCCUUCGAAAUAAAAUAUUUUUGGCUCAAAAUACUAUCAAAAUGAGGAGAAAAGUGAGACGAAUCCACUGGCAUACGGCCGAAAACGAGAAAACCAACAAUUCCGAAGUUAUCAAGGAUCAAACGGACUGCAUUUUUAAUUAGUUUAAUAAUUUUGAGCGAUUUGUCAACAAUACAAUUUCACUUGUUUUUCAAAGGCCAUAAAUCACUAGAAUACUGUUGUUUAGUAAUACAUUUGACAUCUGUGAAUAUAAUUUCUUACGCUGAAUCGAACGGUGGUAUUUUUGUCCUUAUUGGGCGCAUAAAACCAGAGAUAAGGCGCAGCAAAAAGUCGAUCGUGAGAUUCCGAGAUUAAUUCGAAAGAAAACUUUCCUCGAAAUAAGGAAUUCGGAAAACGUGAAGGAUUAUUUUGAGCGGCUUGUCUUUCAAAAGCCACAAAUCGCUAGAAUAGAAGUCAAUUUUGAAAUCAAUUUUCCAUCCGUAAAUACAACGUUUCACGCUGAUUCGAACUGUAGUAUUUUUGUCCUUGUUUGACGCAUAAAACCAGAGAUAAAGCCUAGAAACACUCGAUCACAAGAGUACCGACAACAACCAACAAAUUCCGAGCACGUGCAAGGAAUUUUUAGUAGGCGAUUAAGGAAACGUAUUGAUGCGAACUAUGCAUUGUACAGUCAUAAUUCAUUAAUACACUGAUACAUAUGUACACUACAUGCAUCAGGGUUCGUACGGGUCCUGGAAAACCUGGAAAGUCAUGGAAUUUCAAUAUUCCAAAAUCCAGGCCUAGAAAUCCUGGAAAAUCAAUUUUAGUCAUGGAAAGUCAUGGAAAAUUGAAAUUUUACAUAGCAUUAACAAAGUAUUUUACUUAUUUCAAUUUACCAGUCAUAACAAUAAUAUGAAUUGUUGUUAUAUAACGGAUUUUUGCAAGAGCAAAGUGAAUUUUGUUCUUUUAUUAUAUCUGUUAUUGUUAAAAUAACGAACUUCAGAAAUUCCAGACUUCCAGGUCAUGGAUUUUGAAAGAAAUGGUCAUGGGAAGUCGUGGAAAAAUCAUGGAAUUUUAAAUGGGAGAAGGUGUACGAACCCUGAUGCAUGCAUUCGUUGAUUUUGGUUCGUGGACAGUUCUAUAUUGUACAUUAAGAAACAAAUGUAACAGACAGAUAUAACUUUCUUCAUUUUGAACAGUCCUGGCUGUAUGGACAAGACAAGGUCUGGAAUCUACAACCAGGGGCAAACUACAUAUUUAAGAAAUCGCUUUACAAUUUUUAUUGCAACUAUUUGCGUAGCCAGGGAAACGUGCGGGGGGCCGAGGGGGGGGGGGAUUUGCCCCGGUUCCCCAAAUAUCUCUGCAUGGGCAGCCCUGUGCGUAGCGAUAAACUACUGAAAAACCAAAAGGGUACAUUGUUCACUUAUAAUAAAGCUCGCUUAUUAGCCAGUUAAAUUGCGUGCUAUUCCUGUACAUCAUCCUUAUUUUAUCGUACCUUAUACUAAUAAUAGUUGUAUUAAUCAUUAUGAAAAAAAGUCGUUAUGUAUGUUUUAUAGAAAAGUACAGUUUGUAUGAAGUUAAUGUGAGCGCUUCUACAAGUGAAGGGAAAGGAAUACAUGUAACAAAUAAAUAUAGAACUGAUGAAGACGGUAAGUAUUGUUUUAAUUGAGAAAUUCGGGCAAAGGCAUGCUUUAUGGUAUAACGGCGGGUUCGUUGUCCUGUCCACUUCGCUGGGUUUCAUGAUUUUACAGUAUUCGACUGGUUAUAGAUAGAACGAGGAUCACAGAAUAAAGAUCCAUACACAAGGGCCACUUACGUCGGAAGCUUUGAAUUUUUUGUCCUCGCCCAUGUCGCAUUACGCAUGUUGACCGCCAUUUUCCUAGCCAGUUAAUGACAUUUUCUGGCCAAUAAACAUGCUGUACUGGCUGUUUGCUCCGCCUUCUGGGGCCGGUUGUAUAAAAAAGUGAUUAAAGUUAACUAUGAUUAAGUGCAAACGUCAUCCAAUAGGAAGCGCCUAUUUGAGAGUUAAUCACUAUUUAACUACAAAAUAGUGAUUAAAAAAGUGAUUAAGAGUUUUAUACAACCGGCCCCAGGCCAGUAAACUGCAUAUUUUUGCAUAAAAAAAACGAGGACACGUUGCACUUCUGAGUGGCCCUUCUGUUACUGAUCUUUAUUCUGUGACGAGGAUCGCGGACUCCGAGAACACUAACGCCUGGAAUCUCAGUCUGUUUAUCCUCUAAGCGUUUUAGUUGAAAUUUCUGUGAAUUCUACUUAUAUGAAAUAGCUGAAUGAGUAAAAGAACAGUACUUCGUUUUCUGCAUAUAAAUAACAAUAAAAUUUAGAAAGAUUUCAGCUUUAUGAUAAACGCUUAACUUAUAGUUUGUCGUACUUUAAAUACGUCGAAGUAUUCUUUUGCAUAAAAGUUUUAAAGUGAUAUAAAAAACAAGUGGUUAGAAUUUGCAUGCUCACCAUGUAGCAAAUUUUGCUACAUUAGCAAACAAUGAUAUUGUAAUCCCUAACUGGGAAUACAUUCAUGCAGCAACGCCUCGCUCAUAUUUUUCAAACAUUGCUUUAACAUGAAGUGGGGUCGACAUGGCGGAUUUGCUGCAUGUGGUCUUCGCCGUGUGGGGGAAAGCAGUGCAUGUUUUAGACAAAACAUUAAAGCAACAAAAUUCAUCAUUAAACAUUCAGAGAAAACUUGCCCUAACUUUGCGAUUUCCUAUGGGAAAAUGGUAAAUCAAUUCGUCUCAUUUCUUCAAACAAAAAUUGCUUCAAAGCUCAUUGUAUGAAACGAUUUUCCAAAUAUAUGUUUUUGAAAAUUGAAAUCUUGAGAUCAGGUCCACCCAUACAGGGCCGCAGCUAGACGCGAUAAUUUUGGAGGGGGGUGUAUAUUCAUAUAUCCAUGUUCACAUACCGUAAAAACAAUCGCUUUCAAAAGAAAUCCGUCGGGCAGAACACGAAUAUAUGAAUAUGCAUUCCCCCCCCCCCCUCACACACACAAUUAUCGGUCUAGCUACGGCCCUGCACUCAUGGAUCAUAGCGAUUAUUGCUUUAGACUUCGCUAAUGAUUUCCUUUCCCCUGGUGUAAUAAAUUUUAUAAGAAUUUAAGAAUGCUUUAUAAAUUUAGAGUUCAAACGAUGCAGGAAAGGUUUAUAAGGAACAUCUUUCAUUAUACACUUGAUAAAAAGCAUGCUUAUUGUUCUGUUACAGUACCUGGCCCUCCUAGUAAUCUGCGGUGUGGUUCUCCGGCAAAAAAAUCCCUUGAUGUUAGUUGGUCGAAGCCUGUUGACCCUAAUGGUGUAAUACGGAGUUACAAUGUGUCAUGGAAGAAAAUUAGAAAUAAGGACGCGCCUGAUAACGAAUCUGGCUCGGGCUCUGAUGCAACGGAAAAGCAAAGUCUUACAAAUAUUGGUAAUGGCGAACUUGGUGAGUUGUGGCUCUACGGGAUAGUAGAAGGCUACUCAGUGACAAAGCCACCCCAGUCAAGUUUUAGUGCAGAGGUCAUGUGAUGUAUGCACUAUUGUUGAGGGUUGUUGUCGAGGGUCGAGACUCAAAAGUGGCGGGUCCAAAAACUUGCCAUCAAUAUUAAUUUCUAUUUUCUACUAAAAGUAUAAAUUUUACGUUGGUCGAAAUUUCAGUUCAAAGUUAAUAAAUUUCCUGUUUAUAUUUAAACGUACAUAAAGCACCAAAGCGAUUUGAAAUGUAAUAAAACGAUACAUUUGAUGAUACUACCAAUUGCGUUGCAUUGACACUUGACACGGCACCAGUCACCAGACGAAAUCCUGUCCAUUUGGACUUUCUGUAAAGCCUAUAAUUAGAUGCGACAUUUGUUUGACCGAAUUUCAGAACUGGGGCCGGUUGUGUAAAACUCUUAAUCCCUUUUUAAUCACUAUUUUGUAGUUUAAAUAGUGAUUAACUCUCAAAUACGCGCUUCUUAUUGGAUGACGUUUCCACUAACUAUAGUUAACUUUAAUCACUUUUUUAUACAACCGGCCCCUGAUGGGACGUUGUUAAGUUGUUCACGUUUGAUAGACUCAUUUCUGAAUAUUCGGCGAUUCACACACUUCAUCUACGCAAAUUAUUUGAGAGAUUACGCUACCAGUUAAAGCGGUUAAGCAUCUUGAACAAUAGCAUGUACUUCCCGAUUUCGGAAUAUCAGUAAGCAUGGAAUGCUGGCAAGUUCUCAAUUUUCCUAUGAAUACGCGACUCUGCGCCAGAACGAAGUUCCGUAAUAUACAAUUUGCAGUAAAACUAGAUUCGCUCGGGUAACAUGGCUUUUUUAUCCUUUCACAUUUGCCAUUUGAUCUCUGCACUAUCUUUGGGAUCUCUGAGUUUUAAAGUACAUUAUUCAACGCAUGUUUUGUCUAUUACACUUCAUUUCUAAAACUUCGCCACUAUGUUGACUCAUCCUGUAUUCAACGUACAGUCAUACACAGAUUUCCGGGCAUGAGUGCUGAGACUGGUCGGUUGGGGAUACAGUAUGCAUUAGAAUUGCUACUGAUUUAAAUAUGCUUUGGAAACUGCUCGACGAACAGUCUUCGUCCUCCGCAGGCAACUCUGUAACAAUGGUGUUCUUAAAUAGUGUGAUUCAUAUCAAUAACUAAAGAAUUCUGAAAGAAGCACGACGAUACGAGACAUUGAAACAACGUAGCGUAAAGUAAAAAGGCCUGGGGCGGGAAGGUAUGGAGGCGAGAAUGGGCGUUACGGGGUUACUUCUGGGGUACGCCCUUUUUCGUGUACUUUGUACAGAAUCCGACAGCAUAAUAUACAACAUAAUAUUAUUUAACGCGGGGUUGUAUUCCAAUUCUGAAUUCGAUAUUUAUAUUUGGAUGCGCAGUUGAAACUAUAAACUGGCUUAUUGGGGCGCUCUCCAUUUUAAUACGCUGUCAGAACCAGAAUUUGUCUCCACGAUAUGUUGAUUGGAAAGACAAGUUCCAAGAAAUUUCAUAUCCUGUUGCUUUCGUUCAAUCCUAUAAUACAUGUUUAAGGUUGAAUUGAAGAACAAUACAGAAAAAUACUCAUCUUUCGUACACUCUGUACUGUCCGUCAUCUUGGAUUUUCAUAAAUGCGGGAAAUGCCAAAAUGGACCUGCUACUGAUUUCGUCCAAAUAUUCCGGUCAGAUUGUUUUUGACAUGGAAGAGUUUUGUAUUCUAUUAAGCAUUUUGAUUGAUCUGGUCGUGUAAACGGAAAGCGCCCUAAUUUUUUUCAGUUGUGUUCUUCCCUGCUCUCUUGUGUACCACGAAUGAUUUCUUCCGUUUAUUUUUGUAGAACCAUACACUGAAUACAUUGUUAGUGUUGGGGCUCGUACUCUUCCAGAACUGGAUUAUGGUGAAAUAGUUAAUAUACCGUGUGAUACUGCAGCAGAUGGUAAGAACUUCAAGUCAUUUGAUAUCGCAGUCCAAUCUCAGGAAGGGUGGCAGCCAUCUUGAAUAUUUUACUUGAACUUUUUGUAAGCGUAAAUUAAUUAACAAACACGGAAUUCGCACCGCAUAGUAUUUAUGACUCGGCUGAGUAUGUUUACUGUGUAUUGUGUUUGUUUGCCUUUAGAGCUAAUUAUAAGUAGUUCUCAGGGACCUACCUCUGCCAUAUGUAAACGGUAAUAUAGCCCAUAUUAUGUUUGAAAAAUGUUUUUUUAUUGUAGUACCUAAAACUGCUCCUCUAAAUGUAAUAGCUGUUCGUCUGGGUCCAAGUAAAGCCCAAGUAAGGUGGGAAGAAAUACCUAAGAUGAACUGGCAAAAUUCAAACAUAACCUAUAUCGUGAAGUACAAGAGAAGUGAAUCGACACCAGAAACAACAGAAGUCAAAAGUUCAGAAUUAAGUGUGGAACUGAAAAGUUUAAACUCUAACUCCAACUAUACUGUUUACGUUUUUGCAAGAAAUUCUGUUGGUGAUGGUAAAAAAAGUGAAAUAGCGUCCUUCAGGACGAACUCGUGUAAGUAA